AUGUCAUCGUCGCAUAUGUCUCUUGGAUAUACCUUAGUGGUACUGCUGUUGCUGCUGCACACAGACUGGGUGUGUCCCAGUUCAGAGCGUGCCAAUGAGGGUCUGGAAGAAUUUCGUCAAAAGUAUUUAAUGCCACUCCUUUCUUCUGGUGGUCGCAACUGCACCCUGACUGCCUGUGAGUCCCUCAAGAUUAUAUCACAGCUGCUGUUGCUGAUCAAGGCCAUGCCCAAUGCAACGCUGUCAAUGCCAACAAGGUCGGACAAGGUCGAGGGCGUGUCUCCGCGCAGGCAUAAAGUGAAUAAAAAUGAUGCUAAUGAUGGCAACCGAGAAGACAAUGCCAUGUCCAAUCUGGCUUCUAACUUCGAUCUGAGCAAACGAGUGCGUCAGAUCGAGAGUCGUUUGCGUUCUGUGGAGCAGCCCAUUUGGCAUUUGGCCACGGGCAGUCAAAUCGAAUGGAAUCACUGCACAUCCGGUGUGUGUCGCUGUAAUCCCGACACAAAGAGCUUUACCUGCUGGAACAAAAACCUUAAGUCGGUUCCAGUAACACAAGUGAUACCAAUGAACAUGGUGGCCAUAGAUCUGUCACGCAAUUCGCUCUCCACUUUGCACAAGGACACGUUUCGCGGAUUGACGCUGCUGAAGGAAUUGGACAUUUCGAAUAAUGCAUUGGACUUCUUGCCCUUCGAGCUAUUUCAAGAUCUUGACAGCUUAGUGCAGUUACGUAUACAAAAUAAUCAACUGGAGGACAUUGAUUCGCGCACCUUUUGGAAGCUGCGAAAUUUGAAUUUACUAGAUCUGGGGAAGAACGCCAUAAUGCUCCUGCCUGAGUCCAUUUUCUACCAUGCACAACGCCUCACGGUCAUCAAUUUGUGUGACAAUCAAAUUAAGAAUUUUCCUCCGGCCCUGCUUCGCGAUCAAUUCAUGCUGGAGGAACUGGACGUGUCCCGAAAUGAGAUCACAGCGCUCCACUCAGGCAGUGUUCGGUACUUGACGAAGCUGAAGGCCUUGGACUUUGGCUGGAAUCAAAUAUCCACAAUUGACGACGACUUCUUCGCGGGUCUCAAGAGUUUGCGUAGCCUGAUGCUGCACAACAAUCGCAUCACUUCAAUAUCCGGCACCAUCUUCAAUCAUCUUGUUAAUCUAGUCACUCUAGAUUUGACCACAAAUCGUAUUUCACACAUCGACGGAAAUGCCUUUGCCGAGCUCAAGAAUCUGAAUGAACUAUUUCUGGGUCAGAACUCGCUCUCCAGCAUACCAUCCGACCUAUUUUUGCAUGUUAGCGCGCUGACACGCCUAACGCUCUUCUCGAACAAUCUGACCAUGCUCGAAGCUAAUGAUUUCCAGGGUCUAAGUAAUCUUAAAAAUCUGAUGCUGAACAACAAUGUUUUAAAGUAUUUCGAUGCCAGCGCAUUUGCGCCACUCACGAAUCUUGAGAAAUUACGCAUUGACUCCAACAAGCUGCAAUAUUUGCCACAUGGUGCCCUACAUGGACUGGACAAAUUGGUGGCCGUGAAGCUGGACAAGAAUCCGUGGCAUUGCGACUGUCGUGCUCUGUAUUUGGCCCGCUGGAUACGCGAGUUUGUGGCCAAGCUCUGGGAUGGCCAGCCAAUGUGCCGUGGUCCUGGCGAUCUGGGUGGUCAUGAGGUGGGCCUGUUGCGCUACGACGAUCUUUGCGAUGGCCAAUGGGCCAGCAUGUUGUCGCUAUCGCCGCGGCUACCGGUGCGCAAACAUCGCAUAUCCACGCCGAUGAACUAUACCGACUAUUUCAAUUUGUACUUGAAGCAUAUCUAUAAUGCCACCACAGAUGAGGAGCUCAAAGGGGCGGAGAUCACGAGUGUGGCCAUCAAGAAAGUACACGUGGAUUGAAAUUCAAUAUCAACGCAUAUAUU